AUGAGUGAAUUAAGACAUCGGCGUGGUGAAGGUGAUGAGAACGACAAAGCUGAAACCGCCGGUGAAUCGGAUCAAGUAGAUGUGGAUUCGGAAGAGGAAAAAGUUUUAGAGGAGAAAUAUGUGGAUGAACUGGCGAAAAAUCUACCUCAGGGUACGGAUAAAACUCCAGAAAUUUUGGAUUCAGCACUGUCAGGAUUAUCUUCCCGAUGGAGAAACUGGGUGAUCCGUGGUAUCUUCACUUGGUUAAUGAUUGGAGCUUUCUGUUUGCUCAUCUAUGGAGGUCCAUUGGCACUCAUGAUUACGGUCCUCUGUGUGCAAGUGAAGUGUUUUGAAGAGAUCAUCAACAUUGGUUAUGCGGUGUACCGUGUUCACGGUCUGCCGUGGUUCCGUUCUCUCUCCUGGUACUUCUUGCUCACAUCUAACUACUUCUUUUAUGGAGAAAACCUCAUCGACUACUUUGGAGUUGUAAUUAAUAGGACGGACUACCUUCACUUCUUGGUGACUUACCACCGCUUCAUCUCGUUCAGUCUGUACUGCGUGGGCUUCGUGUGGUUCGUGCUGUCGCUGGUGAAGCGCUAUUAUAUGCGCCAAUUCAGUCUGUUCGCUUGGACUCAUGUGGCAUUGCUGAUUGUGGUCACCCAGAGCUACCUCAUCAUUCAGAACAUCUUUGAAGGCUUAAUCUGGUUCAUAGUUCCUGUAUCUAUGAUCAUUUGUAACGACGUGAUGGCUUAUGUGUUUGGCUUCUUCUUCGGAAAGACUCCAUUGAUCAAGCUCAGCCCCAAGAAGACCUGGGAGGGUUUCAUUGGUGGGGGUGUUUCGACUGUCAUCUUUGGACUUGUGCUGUCCUACCUGAUGUCCCAAUAUCCGUACUUGGUGUGUCCGAUCGAAUAUUCGGAGUCGUUGGGCCGCAUGACAAUGGAAUGUGAACCUUCCACGCUGUUCCGUCUGCACGAGUACACGCCGCCGCAGUUUCUACAGCCGCUCAUGAAAAUCUUUGGCAGAGAGACGAUCACCAUGUACCCAUUCAUGAUCCACUCGCUCGCCCUCAGCAUCUUCAGCUCGGUGAUUGGACCUUUUGGAGGCUUCUUCGCGUCUGGUUUCAAACGAGCUUUUAAGAUCAAGGACUUUGGUGACGUGAUUCCUGGACACGGAGGCAUCAUGGAUCGUUUCGACUGUCAGUUCCUUAUGGCAACAUUCGUGAAUGUAUACAUUACCAGUUUUAUACGCACCGCAACGCCGCAGAAACUGUUGCAACAGGUAUAUAACUUGAAGCCGGAACAACAACUACAAUUAUUCUACGCCCUCAAGGAAUCGCUAGAAAAUCGGAAUAUUCUCAACAUGGUUCCUUAA